CUCCACAGCAAACUCCAGCACUCCAGGCCCCAAAGUGCCUUCUCUCCGGUGGCCUUCGGUCCUGCCUUCACCGGUGAGACUGUGUCCCUGGUAGACGUGGAUAUUUCUCGUAGAGGGGUGAACUCUCUGCACCCCCCGACACCUCCGCCUCCGCCCAGACGAAGCCUCAGUCUGCUGGAUACGUUCCUGCGGGGCCUCCCCCGGCCCAUUCCGCUGCCUGCCGGCGGCCAGAACCCGUCUCGGGUGGACCAGCGCCCCAUGCUGUGUCCACUGAGCCGCCCCGAUGCCAGCAGCUUUGCCACCAGCCUCCGAGAACUGGAAAAAUGUGGCUGGUACUGGGGUCCUAUGAACUGGGAGGAUGCGGAGAUGAAGCUGAAGGCCAAGCCAGACGGCGCGUUCCUGGUGAGGGACAGCUCUGACCCCCGGUACAUCCUCAGCCUCAGCUUCCGCUCCCAGGGAGUGACCCACCACACACGCAUGGAGCACUACAGAGGAACCUUCAGCCUCUGGUGUCACCCAAAGUUUGAGGACCGCUGUCAUUCUGUGGUGGAGUUUAUCGAACGGGCCAUCAUGCACUCCAAGAACGGAAAAUUCCUCUACUUCCUGCGCUCACGGGUCCCAGGCCUCCCCCCGACCCCGGUCCAGCUACUGUACCCAGUGUCCCGCUUCAGCAGUGUCAAGUCCCUGCAGCACCUCUGUCGCUUCUGCAUUCGCCAGCUGGUCCGUAUAGACCACAUCCAGGAGCUCCCCCUGCCCACGCCCCUCAUAGUCUACCUGCGAAAGUUCUACUACUACGAUCCUGAGGAGGAGAUGUACAUGUCAAUCAAGGAGAUGGGGCGGGACAUGACCACCCAACUGGCGACUGGCCAGCCGGAGUCGCAAACGUAGCAUUUGGAAGAUCAUUGGAUCAAGUUUUUUUUAUACACGUGAACAGCUUACCUGAAGACUGAUGGUGACUGUGCUUGGGGACAGUCUCGCUCAAACCCUCUUGUGCCAGACUGUGCACUAAUCAGCGCUCUUGGUUGACUCGGUAUCCGGAUGUCUGGGGCAGGGUUUUGGAUGAUCCUCCCUUUUUGAUUGGCCCACAGAAACUGAAGGAGGGGCAGGGGAUGAGGAAACUGCACCCACCCGGCCAGUGAGGAAGAUAUCUGACCGCGGGGCUGAGAGUCGAAGUUGAGAGUCGAAGUAUAUGGAACCAAAUCACUUUUGGAAAACGAUGCACUCGUUCUUUUUUUGUACCCCUGCUCUGAAAAGGUCUGGGAAAAGGGACAGCUGGUUGUUUGGACCAGAGCAUAAAAAGUUGUCUAUUGUAUGUCAGCCAAGGAGGAGAAACUGUACCCACCUUUCUGAUGCGAUGCAUUCUCAACUACAGAGAAAUAAAAAUUUUCCUCUUGAGAUAUUUGGUUGCCACUGGUUUGAUCGGCACUGUUUUUGAAUUGACUCCCUGACGUGUGUGUGUGUGUGUGUGUGUAAAUACUGUGUGUUGGCGUUAACUCUGGUUAUUCACCAACAGCUAUUUGGUGGCGUAACAUCACUGGAAGGUAUCGUGGUUGGCUCUCAACUCUGGAAUCCAACUGGAAUUCUCUUGCUAUACUGUCAUUGAGCAAAUGCGUUACCAGGACAAAUUAUAAUAAAACUUGAUGGAAUUUAAAA